UUAAAACCCCCCUUUGUUCACACUAUAAAACCCCAACCCUCUCUAACUCUCGCUCUCGCUCUCGCUCUCACUGCUUCUUGGAUUUUUGAUCACACUCCCAUCGUCGGCGAGUUUUCCGAUGUCGAGUCAAACUUCCUCUGCUUUUCUCGACGACGAACUUUCUGAAGCCUCGUUGCUGUCGUCGUUCCCGUUUUCUCAGCCACCGAACUCCCCUUAUCAGCCGAACCAAAACCCCUAUGAGGUUCAAACCCUAGAGGACGCUUUUGAUCGUCUUUCUGUCUCCCCUUUCAGCUUCAACAAUCUCCCGCCAUCUCUUCCUUUCGAUCAUCGCGAUGGUUUCAACGCCGUUACAAAAACCGAGCCUUUUGAUCGCCGUGGCCAUCAACACCUUCAAAGCUCCAAUCUUGUGGGCCAAAUUCAAGAGACACAUGGCGGCUCCAUCAACAACACGAGAGCUGCUGCCAAUGCUGCCUUGGUGACACCGGAGAAUAAUCCUCCGGAGGGACACGACGGCGACGGUGGAAACUCGAACGGCAUUUGGCCCGGUUCUUCCAAUAGAACAAUCGGUGCUUCAAGCAGGUCGUACAGCUCUUCAAUGAAUGAUUUUUUCACGAGUGGAUACAGUAGCAGGGGUUUUCCGAGUGUGCCGUUUUCGAAUGGGGCUGUUGAUCAAUUUCAUCAACGAAAUUCGGGUGUAGGAGGUGGUUCGAGUUUUCCGGUGGCGGCGGGGUUGAAUAAUAUUAAUAAUAACAACAAUAGCGUUGGAGGGCGUUCUUAUCUGUUCCAUGAUUUGCGAGGAAAGGUUGUGAUGAUGGCUAAGGAUCAGAACGGAAGCAGGAUUUUGCGGCAGAAGUUGGAAAGAUUGACCCCUCAGGAGGUUUCUUUGGCGUUCUUGGAGAUGAUAAAUCAUUUUGCUGAGUUGAUGGUUGAUCCUUGUGGGAGCAAAGUUGUUCAUGAUAUUCUUAAACUUAUCAGGGAACAACAGAGGACCCUCAUCAUCAUGAUGAUAACCAAAAUUAAUUUACAGCUUGUUGAAAUAUGCCUUAACCCUCAUGGGUCCUGCACUGUUGAGAAAUUAUUGGAACAUGUUACCAACCAGGAGCAACGAGCCCUUAUUGUGAGAGGUUUAAGACCUGGUGCUGUUUCAUUGGCUACUGAUACACAUGGUCAUAGGGUACUUAUGUAUUGUCUUAAGCAUUUCUCUCAUGAAGAGAGUAAGUAUCUUCUAAGCGCACUUGCAAAUCACCUCUUUGGGAUCGCAACAGAUAAGACCGGUUGUUGUGUGAUACAAGAAUGUGUAAAAUAUGCCCAGGGACAACUGAAACUGCAACUAAUUGCUGAGAUUAUAUUGAAUGCUCAACAACUAUCCGAAGACUCUUACGGUAACUAUGUUGUACAACAUUUAUUGGGUUUGCAAAUACCAGCAGUGACAGAAAGUCUAAUGAGACAGCUUGAAGGGUCAUUCUUUUAUCUUUCAUGCAAUAAAUAUGGAAGUAAUGUUGUGGAGAAGUUCUUUCAGUGCUCGGAAGAACAGAAUGCGGCACGUAUUACUGUGGAGUUGCUCUGCCACCCAAAUGUAGCAAUGCUUCUUGUAGAUCCCUAUGGAAAUUAUGUUAUACAAUCGGCUCUGGUGAUGUCCAAGGAUCCUAUUAGAAGUUCCAUAUUGCUGCUGAUCCAACAGAAUUAUCCAAUGAUGCGUAGCAAUGUCUAUGGCCAAAAGAUUCUUGAGAGGUUUGACAGAGGCAAAAUACGCACACACAAUAAACAUCACACCUAUGAGUAGAUUUUUUCGUAUUUAACUCCUUUUAGAUAUCUCCUUCCUCUCCGUCCCAUUACUCCCAUACUACAUAGCAAUGUUGUUGUCUUUAAUUUUUCUGUAUCCGAAAUAUAUAAAACAUUGAUGCUUAGUUUUAGUUUGUGUUUGUUUGUAGUUGUGUGUUGAUAGUCUGUUCGUGUUUUUUUAGUUAGCUGGCAUGGGGUGGAAGAUCUUUUUGUAUAGGAGCUAACUGUCAUUGGUGGUAUAGACUCUGAUAUUCUAAAUGUGUGUAUUGCUAUAGAGAUUUUGCUAUGUAUUUUUGUGUCAAAUAAAGGGAUCGUUUUCUUUUUCUCC